AUGUUGAAUAAUAUUGAAAAAAAUUAUAAUAUUGGAAAAAAAAAUAAAAAAAUUAAAAAACUCAUUAAUGAAAAAAUAGAAGACUAUUUUAUAAUAAAAAAUUUCUUACCUAUAUGUGAAGAAUUUUUAUUAAAAAAUUACAAACACUUAUUUGAAAAUGUUAUAAAUAAAUAUGAUGAAAAAAAAAACAAUAAAAAUAAUAAUAAAACAGAAAUAAAUAAAGAUAAUACACAUCAAAUUUGUGGAAAAAAAGAGGAAAAAAUUGAAAUAAAACAAUUUAAAAAUAUAAAUAUCAUUACACCUUCAAAAAAAAGAAAAAAAACUUAUGAAUCAGACACAAAAUAUGAUACUACAAACACAAAUAAUUCAAAUAAAAAUCAAUAUAAAAAAAAAAGACAAAAAUAUAAUUCUAACAAAUUUAAUCUUUAUGAAUAUUAUGUAAAAGUAACUAAAAAGUCUUUAAAGGAAUUUGAAUUACCAUUUGAUCGAGCUGUUCUACUAAAUGUUAUUGAUAAACAAAAUAACACUGAAAAAAUUAUCAAAAUUAUAAAUAAAAAAAAAACACUAACAGCAUUUGGAGAAACAUGGGAAAAUAUGAUAGAAUAUAUUUUGUCAAUUAAUCAACAUAAAAAUUUAAUGAAGCUAUAUGAUAUAUAUGAUGAUGGAAAGAAUUUUUAUUUAAUUAUGGAAAAAUUAAGAGGAAAAGAGUUGUUUACAUUUUUAGUAUAUAAAAAAAAAGUAAAAGAAAAUGUAUGUAAAUAUAUAUUAAUGCAAAUAUUACAAGCUGUUAAUUAUUUGCAUUAUCACAAUAUUAUUCAUAGAGACAUAAAACCUGAAAAUUUAAUGUUUCGAAAUCAAAAAAGAAAAGAUAAAAAUUAUGAAUAUAAUUAUGAACUAGUACUAAUAGAUUAUGAUACUUGCCAGUUUAUAAAACCUCAAACCCGUUUUAAUUUAUUUCCAACCAGCAUCUAUAAUUGCAAACAUGUGAAUCUAACAAAUAUAAAGACAAUACAAAAUAGUAAAGAUAUAAAUAAUGCAUUUCUAAACAAAUCAAAACAUAUCAAACUAGUUGGAACAUAUGGUUAUAUAGCCCCUGAAAUUAUAAAAGGAUUAAAUUAUUCUAUAUCAUCAGACAUAUGGUCUAUAGGAAUCAUUUUGUACAUACUUAUCACAGGGGUUACACCACUUCCCAUGUGUUUUAUGAUUAAUUAUAGAAAUACAAAAGAUAUAUUAAUAAAAAAAGAAAAAAAAGGAAUAAAUUUUAAUUUAUUAUCUUUUAAUAAUUACCCAUUAGCUAAAGAUUUAUGUCAACAAUUUUUACAAUUCGAUCCAAAAAAAAGAAUUAAAAAUACAAUCAUUGCUUCUUAUCAUCCAUGGUUAAGAUUUUAUAAUAUUUCAAAAAAAAUAUACAUAACUAAUUCUUAUAAACAUAAUAACUCAUAUAAUACAUUAUCAUUUUAUUCUAAUAAAAUUUAUAAAUAUAAUAAAUAUCCAAUUGUUCAUAUUCAAAAUAAUUAUAAUCAUAUUUUACAACCUUCUUUUUAUUUCAACAAAGUUACAUAUUCAAUGUCUGAUGUUGUUCCACAAUCAAUUUUUAACAAAGAAAAUCAAUACAAUAUACCUCUUGAAUAUAUAAUGCCAAUUCAAUAUGAUAUAAAUAACACUGUACCUUCAAUUAAUUUACAUCAUAAUAAUCAAUCCGAAAUAUCAAACAGUUUGUUCAUUUACCAUAAUUUAGAAAUAUUAAAUUCCUCAAAAAAGAAAAAAGAAAACAAAGAAUCACAAAUAUACACAUCUAAACCAAUAAACCAAAUAUUUUAUAAUAAUAAAAAUACUUUUCAAAAUUCCUAUCCAAAUUUAUUAAUCUGCAAAAAUAAUAUGAUAGACCCAGAAAAUUCUCAUUAUAAUUUAAAUAAUACUACGUAUAUAUCAAAAACUGUAAAAGCUUCCUAUCCAGACAUUAUUCAAGAAAAAAAUAAAAAUAUAUUAUUACACAAUGCACCCUUCAAAAUUCAAAAUGGCAAUACAUAUAUAAAUAAAUGCAAUUUUAAACAAAAUUAUUCUAACAAUAUUUAUUAUAAAAGUUCAAAUGGAUAUAAACAUUUUAUACAUUUAUUUGAAAAUAUAAUAGAAAAAAAAAAAAAAAAUUUAUAUAAGUUUUCAUCCAUAAAUAUAAAUAAUAAUACAAUACCCUUUACAUAUACAGGUUACUCAAAUCAUAUAUGUACACAUAUUCCUUCUAAUCCUCAUAUAAAUAACAAUGAAAUCAAAUAUGAAUGUCAAGAAACUGUUAAUAAUCAUAAUCCAAACAUUAAUAUUCCUAAUUCAAAAAUAUCACAAACUCAAGAUAUUCCAUCAAAUUUUAAAGUCUCAAAUUUAACCACUUCAUUAUAUUCAAUUAAAACAAACCAAGAAAUAAAACAAGAAAUAAAUACAACACAUAUAACUGAUCACAUUGUGAAAACAUUGACCAACAGUCAAGUAAUUAACAAAUAUAAUGACAUAAUUCAAAAUCCACAAAAUAGGUCUGACAUUUUGUAUAUACCAGAAAGUAUAGAAACCACAGAAACUACAGAAACCAUAGAAAACAUAGAAAACAUAGAAAAUAUAGAAAAUGUAGAAAAUAUAGAAAAUAUAGAAAAUAUAGAAAAAAAUAAAAUAAACCAGCAAUAUAUGCAAAAUAUAUAUACAAAAAUAAAUUUUCAAAAUGAUAAUAAUUCACUUCCAAUACCUUAUAAUGUCACAGAUCAAAAUUUUUUUCAUAUAUUUUAUUCCGCAUUUCCUCAAAAUAAUAAUGAUAUAUUUGAUAAUGCAAAUGAGGGAGAUAAAUACAUAUUUUGUCCAAUACAUAAUUGUAGAACUAAUAAAUAUGGUUACUUAGACAAUCCAACAAUAAAUAAAUUUAAUUAUUCUUCGAUAUAUUGUAACCACCCUUCUAAAUAUAAUACAAAUAAUUUAUUUCAUACUAACAAUAAAACUUUUAUUAAUAAUAAAUAUAAUAAUUUUUAUAAAAAUAUACCAAAUAAUACCCUUUUGCCUUCUCCAAAUAAUUUAAAUUGUUUCAAUCAAAUAAAUACUUAUAAUAAUGAUAUUGUGGAUAAAAAUAACUUUAUUUUAGACAACUUAUUAACAAACAAUGAAUCAUAUAAUUAUUUUAUACUCCCAAAAAAUAAUAACAUUUAUCCACAACAUGAUAUUACAAAUAAUAAUUAUUGUUAUAUAUAUACACAAAACAAAUUAAAAAAAAAUAUUAAUAAUUAUCCUUCAUAUAUUAUUAACACAAUAAAUACUAAUCAAAUAUCAUCACAAAAAUUAAACUCAUUAAAUAUGUCUACAAAUAAAACACCUUAA